GAGGCUGGCGAGACCUGGGAGGCAGAGGGUCUUGAGCAGACCGCUCAGGAAGAAGCAGCAGAGGACUGGGGCGAAGGAGCUGGCGACGAAGUUGCCCAGGAAGAAGACGACGAGGCGUUUGUUCCACAGCUGAGCACAACUGUUCACCAGAAGAUCCUCAGCCUCAACAAGUCCGGCAA